AUAUGCAAAAAAGAGAAACCCAACCAAAAAAUAAAAUAAAAAGUGAUGAACAAGAAUUCAAUUCCUUCCUCUCCGCCAAGAUAAACUGAUCAAAAGAGUCCUUAGGCGACAUGCUUUAGCCACAGACACAUCUUUAACCUUCUUUUCCUCUCUCUGAUCUCUCUCUCUCUCUCCGCUUGUUUUGGAGUUGCGAGCAGUGAGACAAAGAGAAGGAAGAUAGACCCCGAGGAGAGAGAGAGCGGCAUGCAUAAGAGGGAGCAAAGAGAUCAUCAUCACAAGGCAAGAUGACAUGGUGCAACGACUGCAGUGAUGUUCAGACCACUGAGAGAAGCACCUGCACUUCUCCGCCCUCGCCUGCAGCUGCUGCGGCCGUGGCUCCUCUUCCGGCUUCUUACCACAAGAACCUCACCGCUAACCAUUUCUCUGACAGACACAAAGCUUGUCUGAUCAAGACUUGCCCUUCUUGCGGUCACCAUUUCAAGUUUCAUGAACAGGCCGGGAUACAUGAUUUGCCGGGACUGCCAGCGGGCGUGAAGUUCGAUCCGACGGAUCAAGAACUAUUGGAGCAUCUAGAAGGGAAGGUCCGAGGCGACGCAAGAAAGCUCCACCCACUCAUUGAUGAAUUCAUCCGUACCAUCAAUGGCGAAAAUGGAAUCUGUUAUACCCAUCCCGAGAAGUUGCCAGGGGUGACAAUGGACGGCACGGUGCGGCAUUUCUUCCACAGGCCGUCGAAGGCGUACACGACGGGAACACGGAAGCGAAGGAAGGUCCACACGGACUCGGACGUGGGAGGCGAGACUCGGUGGCACAAGACCGGAAAGACACGACCCGUCCUUGUCGGCGGCCGAGUCCGAGGCUACAAGAAAAUCCUCGUACUCUACACUAACUACGGCAAACAAAAGAAGCCCGAGAAGACCAAUUGGGUUAUGCAUCAGUACCACCUCGGCAUCAAUGAGGAAGAGAAGGAAGGCGAACUCGUCGUCUCCAAAGUCUUCUUCCAGACUCAGCCCCGCCAGUGCGCCGGAUCUCUCGCCGGAGCCACCGCCGCGAAGGACCACCGCCAUGGCCGCCACAUUCAUUACCACCACCACGGCGGAGGCACGGCCGGUGCCGCCUCCGUCGGAGAGUACUACAGCAACAUGCCGGCGGUUAUCUCCUUCGACAAGACCGGAGUUCAGAGCCAUUUGGCCGUUCAUGAAGCUCCUUCUUUUAUCCCUUGAUCACAAGAUUUUAAAUAUUUUUACCUGGAAAAUAAAUUAAAAAUUACAUGGAUAAUACUUUUAUUACCACUAAGAGUGUCAUAUGAGCUAUAUACAAAGUGCAUGCAUGCAGAAUGCAUGUGAGGAAAUAAAAAAAAAUAUAUUUAGGGACU